AUGUUCCGUUUCUCCGAUGAACACGCCAUAAAAGCGGAUUUAUGUAUCGGUUUGACUGAUUAUGCUCGAAAAUUUUUCCCAAAGAACGCGUUCCGAAAUUUAAAAAAGUACUGUAUUUUCAAUGUACGUGACAGCUCGUCGCAACGUACGUUGCAUUUUUUUUCACGAGCAUCAGCUGCAAAUACGUGGGACUUCUUUUUGUUGUAUUUUUCUCGUUUUGAUUUUUUUCUGAGUAAAUAGUUGCUUUUUCAUUUUUUCAGUUCAAACAUAUUAACGCAGAAGCCACCGGAGCUACUUUUAUAAUAUAUUUGAGAUAGUUUCAAACUUGAGAAACGUUGAACAGUUAAAUUCACACAUUUGUAGUUUUUCUUUGGAAAAGUUUUCAGAAAAACGAUUUAGAAAUGUCAAUAAUUGCAACAACGUAAAAAUUACCUAUUCUCAGUCUUUUCUGGUUAGUUCAACGCGUCUCUUGUUCAAAUAUGGCCCCUAUUAAAAAAAUUCACGGCCAUAUUUGUAAGUUUACCAGAAGUUUAAAAGGUUUCAAUAUUGAGACAUAAUAGUAACCCAUAACUUCUUAGAUAAGAUCUGAAAGUAUAAUGCUCUUUUUGAGACGUUUCAAGUUAAUUUUUUUUUGAUUUCUGUUCAUUGUGUUACUUGGAAUCCUAUUGAUCUAAACCACCAUUCCAUUGAAAAUUGUUGAGGCGAAUUAUCUUUACUUUUCAUAUAAUUUGUAGUACGAGCAAGUGCGCGCCAUCGUGAGGCCGACGCGGCCUCGUGGGGACAAAGUCGCCCUAUCAUUUUGGUCGUCAACAUUUCACUUUUCUUCGUUUCGUACUGCCGAUCUUUCUGUAACUUAAUAAAAUCUCACUUCGGAAGCUUAUGAGUAAAUGGGUGAAGAUGUAUGAAGUUGUCGUGUUUUAGAGAUGAAAUAAUUUUAGUUGCAUUUUUAAAGUUUUACCUGUUUUUUUCAAUCUGAAGAAAAGUCUGGAUAAGACGGAGUCAAACUGCGGAGAAAUGGAAUUUGAAUCUUAUUUUAGCUUUUUAGGUUUAUACAGGUACAUAAUGGGAUUUUUUUCUUCUCACUGUUUUUUUUUUCCGUGAAACUUUUCACUUUGAAUAGUUCUGGCUCGUGUGCGCAUUUCAAGGUAGCUUGUCACUUUUUUUUCUUACUGUGAUCCAAAUAUUUAUACUUUCAUGUUGAGAAUUGAAACGCCUUUUCAAAGUAUUAGUAAAAGUGUUUCUUAAUUCAAGUACUAUAAUGCCUUAUAAGUCGAAAAUAUUUAGUUUAAAUUUGCCCAGACUGACUUGAAACGCUCCAAAACAGCAGUUUUACUUAUUCGAAGCUUUUUUUUUCAAGGCAUGAUUAUUUCGUUUAAGGUUUGUUGAAAACGUCGAAACAUCAUGCAAAAACAUAUUUUUAUUGAGCCUUUUUUCAUCUUUUUUGAACUUUUUUGAUCUUUUGGCUUUAUUUAACAAAGGAGGAAGAUGUGAGAAUAAUUUUACUCACGUAUUUCAAGUCGUCAUUUUCGCGCCUUUUUUAUUGAUAACUUUUCGAAUUUUUCCUAUGUUUGGAAUAAUUUUAGGCGGUUGUGUGCGUGUGAAUCGGCACACGGCACGGCCCUAAGCUUUCGACGUGACCGCGACGGCUUCUGCUCGUUGGCAGCAACUUGCUCCGUCUUCAGUUCGUUUCGAGCCCUAAAAAGCUUUGUUAUUGAGUUGUUUGAAGGGAGAAUCGGGUUCCGGCGUUGAACAAGCCUCAAUUGCUUCUGUUUCUGACGAGAUGAGCAGCUCCGAAGAGGUUACGCCGAAGAAAAAUUGCGUCUCUAAACGAUAUUUUCACAGGUCUCGUGGAUCACAUGGUUCUGCGGACUCCGCGGCAAUGAGUUUUUUUGCGAGGUACUGUUUUUUGAAUCCAUUUCUAUGAUUUGAAACGACUGAUUUUGGCAUUCACUGUAAAUGUUUCAUUUGGACGGGAGCUUUUUUUUACGCCAUAUCGAUUUCUCCGCGUUUUUGAAAUUUUCUUAUGUUUUCUGCUCAUAAAGUCAAUUAAUUGAUACCAAAUACAUUUUGAAGAAAGUUUUUUGUCGUUUUUAUCAAAUAUAUGGAGAUAAUUUCCACAAAAUAUCCUCAAUGUUGGAAUAUUAUAGGAAACUCUUUCCAAUUCAUAAUUUCUGGUUAUCUAACUAUAAAAUUUUUUCUAAUGAAGUGUGGGUUUCUUAAAUUUAUUUCAUGAAAUUCCAGAUAUUUACGAAAUUUUCGGAAUUUCUACUAGGAUGUGCAAUCUGAAUCUUAUAAAUUUUCUCAGUUUAAAAACGGAUUUUCGAGAUUUGGCUUUGCUGAGAUCGUUUCAAGUUUUUAAUAGAAAUUUACAAUUAUAGUUUUUAAAAAAAUGAAUUUUUCAGCUGAACAAUGCUUUUUUAUUGACAAUCAUGAUAAGUUUCAGCAAGUUUUUUCUAAAAUCAUGCGCAAAAUAAAUAUCCAAGAAGUUCGGGAGGCCUUAUUCAAAUGAAACAAUAUAAUAAAAACUAACUUUGAAUCAAGGGAGGUGGUUCUGCGAAAAAAAAAAAGUCAAUUUUGACCUCAAGACUGAUAAAUUUCGGAAGAAUUGUGAGACUUUCAAAAAAGUUCAGUCCAUAAUGUGAAUCCAAUACGAAUUCAACGAAGAUUCCAGUAAAUAUAAUGAGUAUACAAUUUCCGAACUUACAAGAAAGUUGGGAGAAGGGAAAAUUUCAGUACCUUUUCUGUGCUGUAUCUUCCAUAGUUCAGUUCUUGAGUGGGAAAAAAAGAAGCAUUUUGAUUUGAAUGUUUGCAGGUCGAUGAAGAGUACAUCCAGGAUCGGUUCAAUUUGACCGGCCUCAGUGAACAAGUGCCCAAGUACCGGCAGGCGCUCGACAUGAUCCUAGACCUUGAGCCAGGUUAUAGUUCAAGUUUGAGCUCCGGCGUCAUCUCAACGUCGUGUUGCCUCUUUCAGAAGACGACCUGGAGGACAACUCGACGAACACGGACCUCGUAGAACAGGCCGCCGAAAUGCUCUACGGCCUCAUCCACGCCAGAUACAUCCUCACCAACCGUGGCAUUUCUCAGGUACUGAUGGCAGGGAAACGGGAAAAGGCAAAAAUAAUGAGUCUCCUUGAUUUUUAUGGUAUUUGAGAUCAUUUUCCCGAAAAUCGAGUCUAUGUUCAAUCUCUGAAAGCUAGAGAGCACUUAUAAAUAAGACGCUCAGAGAAAAAAAAAAGGCCCGCACUCUUACCUUUGAACGCUAUUUUACUUUCGAAGAUUCGAAAAGAUUCUACGCAGAAGUGAACCUCUAUACGUUUUUCGUAAGAGAUAUUUAUUAUUUCUUGACUAUUUCGCUUCCGUACUAAUUUUAUAUUUUACGAGGAAAUCUAUUGAAAAUCGUUCUGAAAGAAGCAAAAACUGUUUGGAAAGUUUUUGAAAAAAAAAAAAAAUUUUCCUUUUCUCGGUGGCUCGAUUUUCGCUCGAGUUCAGCUCUUCAACGGCUUUGCACCGUCUAUCUUUUAGAUGGCUUUUUUUUUAGAGCUUUUUCUAUAUUUGAAUGGUCUUACUAUCGAAAAAAAAAAGCCUAAAAAUAAAGAACUUCAAUGACGGAUCCAGUGAAAGACCACAAAACAAAUUUCGGAGUCAUUGUCACACUUUUCAAGUUUGUCUACUCACGUCUGAUAAUUUUGUGUUUCGAUUAUUGAAAUUAACUUUCCAGAUGAUCGAGAAAUGGCGCGACCACGAUUUCGGCGUUUGCCCACGUGUUUAUUGCGAGAAUCAGCCGAUGCUCCCAAUCGGUAAAAAUAAACCAAAUAUCGAUUGAUUUUAUCGAUUUUUCAGGCCUUUCUGACGUGCCAGGCGAGGCGAUGGUGAAGUUGUACUGUCCUAGAUGCUGUGAUGCGUGAGUUUAGCUCUGAAUAAAUGCUCAAAGUAAAAUAGUAAAUUUUAGUAAAAUUAGUAAAAAGCGAUCAAGUUUAUCGGUAGAGCGAGUUUUCUUGAUUUUCGGGCGAAUUUUGAAGGUUCUCCUGUGAAAUAAACUUCAAAUUUGCAGUUUUGUUCCUCGUUCUUCGCGUCACCAGCACACGGACGGCAGUUAUUUCGGAACUGGAUUUCCGCAUAUGUUGUUCUUUGUUCAUCCGGAUUUGCGUCCCAGAAAACCUGUUACUCAAUUUGUUCCAAAGUAAUUCGGAUUUAUUAGAAAAUCAGUGAAAGUAAUCUAUUUUUCAGACUUUACGGUUUCAAAAUUCACCCGACUGCCUACAAUCUUCAGGAUCAGCAGUCGGUACGUUGAGAAAUCGAGUAGAAACGUGUUGCGGAAACAGUUUAAAAGAUACUCUUCUGUACUGAGCUAUCAGCUUAGUUGAUUUGAAGCAUUUUCUUUGGUCUUCGUCAUUGUAAAAGGCCAGUUUCAGCCGCCGUCGAUGAACAACGGUGGCAGCACGGCAGUCGAACGACAAGGCAGCCAAUUGAACAACUCCUACGGCCUUUAA